AUGCUGAAAUGGGGCGGAGACUAUUCGCUUCCUCGGCUGCGCGCGAAACUUGCCACCACCGGAGCCGGCACCGAGCAUGCGGAACCAGAUUAUGCAGAAGUGUAUCGCCCCGACUUGGGACAAAGCACAAUCUUGCGCAAGGAAUCGCCUGAAUUUUUCGCAGCUGUUGCCGAGAAUGGUGGCUUUGAGGCUUUCGCCCGCAGCAGCGGAUACCGUGGCUUGAACAAGGGCUUGUCUAGAUCGUCCCUGUGGAAGACCGGAAGCACGACAGCUCCGAAGUCCAGCCAGACUUUCGGGCAGACGACCAUGAGCCAGACGACGCAGAUGGGGCUGAAUCAGACGAUGUUGCGAACUCGGUCCGUGCCCACCCUGGGCUCCCGCACCGUGGAAAGGGCACCUGCCCAUUCACAACCGUUUCCCCCAACCUGGCAUGUGAGCUCCACGUCAAGCUUGCCUGGCAUUGUAGCUGCCAAGCAAGCCCUGACGACUGCUGGGCCACCGGUGGAUGACCCCAAAGAGAAGCAGGCAGAAGUAGCAAGCAAGAAGUUGUGGACCGCCAUCCACGGUAGCGAGUACCUGGUCCAGGAAGAAGUCGCCGCGCUUCAGAAAGAAGGGCAGCCGAACAAUCAGGCCUUCCUGGCCAAGCUGAACAAGUCCGACUCCAGAUUCCCGGGCAUCAAGAAGGCGUUGAAAGCUGGUGCCAAAGUCGACUGGCGCAACCCAGAGUGGGAUGGAGCCACGCUGCUGAUCCGCGCUGCCCGAACCGGAUCGCUGGAGCUGGCAAUGUUUUGCCUGUCCCAGUCGGCCAGCAUCCAGGAGAGGGACAACUCCGGCAGGGGAGUGCUGCACUGGGCGGCCUUGUCUGGAAACAACUGCCUCAUGCAGUACCUCCUCACUGAGUACUCGCUGGAUGUGUCAUCGCCAGAUGGCUUGGCUCUCAAGCCUCUCAUGUUGCAAGAGCUGGCUGGUGGCACGCCGGGUCUGACCCUUGCAAUGUCGGAGCCGAAGGGGAAGGGACUCUCCAAGGGGCCGCGCGGCCCGAAGGGAAAGGGCAAGGCCCCCGGGCCGCCGCCACGCCCGCCCAGCCGCCCCCCGGGAAAAGCUCCGGAUGGCCCGAAGCUCCGGCCUUUGUUUUGGCAGACGGUUGGACAAGUGCCGACAGAGAGCGUUUGGAGCAGCCUGGGGCCACCUGUGCCCUUUGACACUUCCCUGCUGGAGAGGCGCUUUGCGAUGGCAGAGGCGCGUGCUCCCCGCAAGGCCGUGGAUGCCACCGGGGACGAGCCCAAGAAGAAGCUGAGAGUGCUGGACGAUCGCACGUCCCAGUUGCUUGCGAUCUCCUUCAACAAGCUCCCGCCUGCAGAACAGUUGGCACAGGUGGUGGACACCCUGGAAACUUUCCCAGAUGGCUUGGCACCAGAAGCGGUCAUGGCUCUGAAUUCUGCCACUGUUGAGCAAAAGGAUGCUGUCGAGCAGCUGAAGUCGCUUGAUGUGCGUGAAGCAGACCUGAUGCAACUAGAUGUGCCUGAAAGAUACUUGUGGGUCAUGGCCAACAAUUCAGUGUGCGCUGCCAAAAUCGCGAGCGGGGCCCUCAUUGUGGGCUUGGCUCCGGAACUGCCUGAGUUGUCGCUGGCAUGCCAGCGAGUGCGGGACGGGUGCCGGAGGUUGCAAAGCUCGAUCUUGGUGAAAAGAUUCAUCAGCACCUGCUUGGCAGUUGGGAAUGUGAUGAACAGAGGCACUGCUCGGGGCAGUGCUCGUGCCAUAGUGCUCCCAGAAGGAUUGCUGAAAUUGGACGAGCUGCGGGGCAGUGGGGAGACUGAGGGUGUGUCCGGACUGUCUCUCCUCGACUUCGUGUCUGAGGCCAUUCUAGUGGAAGCAUCCUGCACUUCGGGCAAGGGCGUGCAGGCACAACUGCGUGCCGAGGCGGACGAGUUGCGCGAGGGCAUGCGCGCAGCGCAGGGAGUUUGCCUGCACGACGCUGACACGAGCUGCCAACGGAUUUGCCGCGCAGCAUCGCACGCGCAAUCCGGUCUCAGUCAGCACUUGGCCAAUUUGUCCGUUGCCCGACUCGCAGCGACAGUCCAAAGUAUAUGCAAAGAGUCUGAGAAAUGCUCCGCUCAGGUGGCUGAGGCAAAGGCCCAGCUCAAGAAGUCCAUGGAAUGGGCCAGUGCAAAGCCGAACACAAGCUCAUCCGACUGGCUCGGCAGCUGGGUUCAAUUUCUUGAGCAGCUUGCGGGCGCAAUCGACCGAGUCAAGCUCCCAGAGCUGCCCAUGCGACCAGUUCAAGCUGACUGCAAUGGUGCGGCUUCUGGCAGGAGCGUCUUCCAAGACGUCAGCAAUACGCCACAGAUGUCGCAUGAGGUCGUGAGGCUUCUGGUCCACGCCGGUGCCAAGGAGACGGCGAAUGCCAAUGGCUUCACGCCGCUGCAGUUGGCCGAGGCUGGCAGCUCUCGGCUGAUCUGCAGUGAGUGGCCCAUUUGCGGCGACGUGAGGACCGUCUGGGACAUAUCCUUCGGUACCUUAAGGAAUCCAGAUUGCGGUGGCUGCGAGGGCUUUCUGCGGCAUGUGGGCUGUCCGGCCGCCUCGGCCCAGAUCUUCAGAUGCGUGCGAUGCAACUGCUUCUCCAAGGACCACCUCCCUGUGGAGGGGCCUCAGGCAGAGGACCCGCUGCAGCGCCUGCCAGGUGGGGGGUUUCGCGACUCGCGCGGCUACGGUGCCGCGCCGGCUGGCCAAAGUCGCCAGCAGGCAGCGGGCUGGCCUGGCAUUGGGGAAAUGGUCUGGGUGCCACAGCAGGCAUCAGUCCAGAAGCGUGCUGGCAUUGUGGUCCAGACAGAGGCGUCUGAGACGAGCGCAUUUUGCACAGUGGAGCUUCUUGCUGCCCAUGGCGUCGCUGAGGCUGACAGGAGACAAGUGGUGGCAACGGAGUGCUUGACGGAGUGGGCGCCUGCAUGGUCACCCCCCAGAGUUCAAGGUGAUUUCGACAAGGAGGCACACUUCAAGAACUUGGUGUUCCAGCUGUGA